AUGCAGCGGCUGCUGGCGAGCUCCAUCGUCGCCGCCACGCCGCGGUGGCUCCCCCUCGCCGACUCGAUCCUCCGGCGCCGCCACCCGCGCCGCUCCCCGCUCCCCGUCCUGCUGUUCAACAGGUCUUGGUCCAAGCCAAGGAAGGUUUCAGGACAUGUUUCAAUGGCGUCCAUCAAGGCGAACAAACAGGGGAAUCUCUGCAAUGAAGGCAUGCUGUCACAUAUUAUGUGGUGGAAAGAGAGAAUGGAGAGCUGCAGGAAACCAUCGUCUGUGCAGUUGACUCAGAGACUUGUGUAUUCUAAUAUAUUAGGGUUGGAUCCAUCUUUAAGGAAUGGAAGCUUAAAGGAUGGAACCCUGAACAUGGAGAUGUUACAAUUCAAAUCGAAGUUUCCUCGCGAGGUCCUACUUUGCAGAGUAGGAGAUUUCUACGAAGCCAUUGGGUUUGAUGCCUGCAUUCUUGUAGAGCACGCCGGCUUAAAUCCUUUUGGAGGCUUGCGUUCUGACAGUAUUCCAAAAGCUGGAUGUCCAAUCAUGAAUUUGCGGCAAACAUUGGAUGAUUUGACUCGGUGUGGUUAUUCUGUGUGCAUAGUUGAAGAACUUCAAGGCCCAACUCAAGCCCGUGCUCGGAAAGGUCGAUUUAUUUCUGGCCAUGCGCACCCUGGCAGUCCUUAUGUAUUUGGUCUUGCUGAAGUAGAUCAUGAUCUUGAGUUUCCUGACCCGAUGCCCGUAGUCGGGAUUUCACGCUCCGCCAAAGGCUAUUGCUUGAUUUCUGUGCUAGAGACGAUGAAAACUUAUUCAGCCGAGGAGGGCCUAACAGAGGAAGCCGUAGUCACUAAGCUGCGCAUAUGCCGUUAUCAUCAUCUGUACCUUCACAGUUCUUUGAGGAAUAAUUCUUCAGGGACAUCACGCUGGGGGGAAUUCGGCGAGGGAGGGCUAUUGUGGGGAGAGUGUAGUGGAAAGUCUUUUGACUGGUUUGAUGGCUCUCCUAUUGAGGAUCUUUUAAGCAAGGUAAGAGAAAUAUAUGGCCUGGAAGAGAAGACUAUUUUUCGCAACGUCACUAUCUCGUUGGAAGGGAGGCCUCAACCUUUAUAUCUCGGAACUGCUACUCAAAUUGGAGUGAUACCAACCGAGGGAAUUCCCAGUUUACCAAAAAUGCUACUCCCUCCAAACUGUGGUGGGCUUCCAUCGAUGUAUAUUAGAGAUCUUCUUCUUAAUCCUCCAUCUUUUGAUGUUGCGUCUGCAAUUCAAGAUGCUUGCAGGCUUAUAGGCAGCAUAAACUGUUCGAUUCCUGAAUUUACUUGCAUACCAUCAGCGAAGCUUGUGAAAUUACUCGAGUCAAAAGAGGUUAAUCACAUCGAAUUUUGUAGAAUAAAAAAUGUCCUUGACGAGAUUAUGUUAAUGAAUGGAAACGCUGAGCUUUCAGCCAUCCAGGAAAAAUUGCUUGAACCUGCUUCAGUGGUUACUGGUUUGAAAGUUGAUGCUGAUAUACUAAUUAAAGAAUGUAGACUUAUUUCACAACGUAUAGGUGAAGUGAUAUCUUUAGGUGGUGAAAUUGAUCAGGCAAUAACUUCAUCGGAGUAUAUUCCCAAGGAGUUCUUUAAUGAUAUGGAGUCAUCUUGGAAGGGCCGUGUGAAAAGGGUCCAUGCUGAAGAAGAGUUCGCGAAUGUUGAUGCGGCUGCUAAGGCAUUAUCAACUGCAGUCACUGAAGAUUUUCUGCCAGUUAUUGUAAGAGUAAAAUCUGUGAUGUCCUCGCAUGGAGGUUCCAAAGGGGAAAUCUCUUAUGCAAAAGAACAUGAAGCUGUUUGGUUUAAAGGGAGGCGAUUCACACCAAAUGUUUGGGCGAACACACCUGGUGAACAACAGAUAAAACAGCUAAAGCCUGCGAUUGAUUCAAAAGGUAGAAAAGUUGGGGAAGAAUGGUUUACAACAGCCAAAGUUGAGACUGCUUUAGCCAGGUAUCAUGAAGCUUGUGAUAGUGCAAAGGGUAAAGUUCUUGAGCUAUUGAGGGGUCUUUCAAGUGAAUUACAGGAGAAGAUCAAUAUCCUUGUCUUCUGCUCGACGCUGCUCAUCAUAACCAAAGCACUUUUUGGUCAUGUUAGUGAGGGUCUAAGAAGGGGCUGGGUGCUUCCUGCUAUAUAUCCCUUGUCAAAGGACUAUAGUGUGGAAGAAAGCUCAAGUGAAAUGGAUUUAUUAAAACUCUUUCCUUAUUGGCUUGACGAUACUAAUCAAGGGAAUGCAAUACUGAACGAUGUCAACAUGAGAUCUUUGUUUAUUCUGACUGGUCCAAAUGGUGGAGGUAAAUCCAGUAUGUUGCGAUCAGUCUGUGCGGCUGCAUUGCUUGGAAUAUGUGGCUUGAUGGUGCCAGCUGCUUCAGCUGUCAUCCCACACUUUGAUUCCAUCAUGCUGCAUAUGAAGGCCUAUGAUAGCCCAGCCGAUGGGAAAAGUUCGUUUCAGAUUGAAAUGUCAGAGAUACGAUCUUUAGUUACACGAGCUACUGGUAGGAGUCUUGUUCUCAUUGAUGAAAUAUGUAGGGGCACAGAAACUGCAAAAGGGACCUGUAUAGCUGGUAGCAUCAUUGAAAGACUGGAUGAUGUUGGCUGCCUAGGCAUCAUAUCAACCCAUUUGCAUGGCAUUUUUGACCUGCCUCUUUCACUCAACAAUACUGAUUUCAAAGCUAUGGGAUCAGAAGUGGUCAAUGGGUGCAUUCAGCCAACAUGGAGACUUACUGAUGGUAUCUGUAGAGAAAGCCUCGCUUUUCAAACAGCCAGGAAGGAAGGUAUGCCUGACUUGAUAGUUAAAAGAGCAGAGGAACUAUAUUUGACUAUGAGCAGAAGCAACAGACAGACAUCAUCAACAAUCCACCAUGGGCCUUCCAUUGUCAACUCUAAUGUAAAUGGCUUGGUUCAUAUGCCUGAUGGUCUGGGAAAUGGACUUGAACUUAUGUCAGGUGCUUUUGCACUGCUGCAAAAGGAUGUCGAAAGCAUUGUUACCGCAAUAUGCAAGGAUAAACUGUUAGAUCUCUACAACAAAAGAAGCAUCUCAGAGCCGGUUGAGGUGGUUUGUGUUACUGUAGGUGCUAGACAGCAACCACCACCUUCAACCGUUGGCAGGUCCAGCAUCUACAUCAUUAUCAGACGUGACAACAAGCUCUAUGUUGGACAGACGGAUGAUCUCUUGGGCCGUCUUCGUUCUCAUAGGUUGAAGGAAGGAAUGCAGGAUGCCACGAUAUUAUAUAUUGUGGUUCCUGGUAAGAGCGUUGCAUGCCAACUGGAGACUCUUCUCAUAAAUCAGCUGCCCUCGAAAGGUUUUAAGCUCACCAACAAGGCAGAUGGCAAGCAUCGAAAUUUUGGUAUGUCUGUCAUCUCUGGAGAAGCCAUUGCUGCCCACUGAACCGGUUGAGUGAACAUCCAGUUUAACCGGUCUCUUUUGGCUUAUGGGAGGCAGGAGCUAACCGUCACCUGGUCAUCCGCCCCAAAUUUUGUCUGAUUGGUAGUAGCGCCCAGCUAUGUUCAUAGUAGGGGUAAACUUUGUUCCAAGUGUAAGGAUUACUAAUGCAAACAUUUUGCAAUGUAAUACAUGUUUAUCUUCGUGCAACGGCACAAUCCGAGAC